AUGCUCGUGCGACGCUAUGGAGAAUUAGAAGCUAUCCGGCUGAAAAGCUACUUGAAUAGGCGAUCCAUUGCUGACAUUGAUGUCGGUCUCAUGGGUGACCUGAAUGCCACAGAAAAGCACCUGCUUGAAUCACAGGAUUUAGUAGAAACUAGAGGAAAGCAGAACCAACCAGUACCUGUAUUGAUACCCAGUGAAUGUCGCAAGCCGCUAGACUUCAUUUCGAAGUCUUCUGUGAGGAAAAGUGCUGGCAUCAGUGAAGACAAUAAGUACCUGUUCCCGAAUCUGAGCGAUGGUGUUUUCUAUGCAUACAAGUCCUUAAAGUGCGUAUGCUCUGAAUUGGACCUGCAGACUCCAGAAAGGAUUACAAGCGUGGCCAUGCGAAAAUAUAUGGCCACAUUAUCACAGACUGUUGAUUUAAAAGGAAACGAGCUUGAAUGGGUAUGUAGGCACCUGGGGCAUACCAAAAUGGUUCACCUAGAGCAUUAUCGUCAUACGAGCCCUUUCAUUGAGAGGGUGAACAUCGGCAAGAUCCACGUCAUGCAGGAUCUCAAUGUGCAGAGUAGUUAUGUUGGGAAAAGCCUGGACACUGUUGACUUUUCUCUAAUCCUAAAUACUGCAGAAAAUGAUGGCCAGUUUGUGGAUCAACCAGAAUUCCCAUUUCCUGUGGAAAUGUGA